CGCGCGUAAAGUUGUGUUGACAGGGGCGGCGGCAGCGGCAGGAGUUGUCAAAGGAACAGCAGCAACCAGACUCAACGGACCCGAAUGGAGUAAAGUCAAAUCUGUCAUUUUAGACCGCGUUUGUGUUAUAGCUCCCAAGCGCUUUUACAGACCACUGAGGAAACAAACAUGGCAGACGAACAGUCCACCCAGUCCUGGACCAUUAACAGGGAUGACUACGAACUCAACGAGGUGAUAGGGAGUGGAGCCACUGCAGUUGUUCAGGCAGCAUACUGCAAGCCAAGAAAGGAGAAGGUGGCCAUCAAACGCAUCAACCUGGAAAAGUGUCAAACUAGCAUGGAUGAGCUCCUGAAAGAGAUUCAGGCUAUGAGCCAGUGCCACCAUCCAAACAUUGUGUCUUAUUAUACCUCCUUUGUGGUGAAAGAUGAACUGUGGCUGGUGAUGAAGCUGCUCAGUGGUGGCUCCGUGUUGGACAUCAUCAAGCACAUCAUUUCGCGCGGCGAGCACAGGAACGGAGUGCUGGACGAGGCCAGCAUCGCUUCGAUCCUGAAGGAAGUCUUGGAGGGGCUGGAGUACCUUCACAAAAACGGACAGAUUCAUCGAGACCUUAAGGCUGGAAACAUUCUUCUCGGAGACGACGGCUCAGUGCAGAUAGCUGACUUUGGUGUGAGUGCCUUUCUAGCCACAGGGGGAGACAUGACGAGGAAUAAGGUUCGGAAGACGUUUGUUGGGACGCCGUGCUGGAUGGCGCCGGAGGUCAUGGAGCAGGUCCGUGGCUACGACUUCAAAGCAGACAUCUGGAGCUUUGGGAUAACCGCCAUCGAACUGGCCACUGGGGCCGCGCCGUAUCACAAAUACCCACCAAUGAAGGUGUUGAUGCUGACUCUGCAGAACGACCCUCCUUGUCUGGAGACGGGUGUUGCGGACAAAGAAACGGUGAAGAAAUACGGCAAGUCGUUCAGGAAGAUGAUCUCCUUGUGUUUACAGAAAGAUCCAGAGAAAAGACCAACGGCUGCUGAGCUGCUGAAGCACAAAUUCUUUACAAAAGCCAAGAACAACGAGUACUUGCAGGAAAAGCUCCUGAUGAAAGGCCCCACAAUAUCAGACCGAUCUAAAAAGGUGCGUCGGGUGCCCGGUUCGAGCGGCCGCCUCCACAAGACGGAAGACGGCGGAUGGGAGUGGAGCGAUGACGAGCUGGACGAGGAGAGUGAGGAGGGAAAAGCCGCCGUGGCCGCCCUGAGGUCACCCAGAGUGAAGGACGGCUCCCAAAACAUGGAGCUUUUCCCGCCAGCAGAUGGCGCCACCACGCAUCUGCAGCCACCAGGAGCUGCACACGAGAGACCAGCAAACCUGGCUGCAGCAGGAGACGAAGCUCCGCCACAGGCUGCCACCCAGCCGGCGAGCCCUUCGCAUGGACCUGCGGUUCAGGAUCCUGCGGCCUCCAGCGUUCCCAUCAGCCUUGUCCUCAGACUGAGGAACAACAAGAAGGAGCUCAACGACAUCCGUUUUGAGUUCAUGAGUGGCAGAGACUCUGCUGAUGGCGUCUCUCAGGAGCUGGUCUCAGCCGGUCUGGUUGAUGGGAGGGACUUGGUCAUCGUUGCUGCCAAUUUGCAAAAGAUUGUUGAUGAUCCUCAGAGUAACAAAAAUGUGACCUUUAAACUGGCGUCUGGUGUGGAGGAGUCCGAGAUUCCCGACGAUGUAAAGUUGAUCGGGUUUGCGCAGCUCAGCAUCAGUUAAGUAGAGCAGCGUUGGCGAAGUAAGACUGAAACGUAUGGUUUUGCACAGCUGCAUUGUAGUCAACUCCAAGGACCCACUACUGCCAAAGAGAGGAGACUGAGGAUGAGGAGGGAGUGGAGUGAGGUUGGCAGGAGUGUGACUGACUCUACUGCAGGAUGCACGAGGACCACACCAAGGGGCUCAGCUCAUCACAGGAACCACACUUGAAAUGUUUACAGUGCGCUUAUAGAGUUUAAUGGGAGAGAAAAAUGCAAUCAACUAUUAUCAGCUCCUAAUUCGUUUUCCUUUUAGUCCUCCUCCGCAUACACAAGCACAAUCCAAACCAUCUCCUGCCAGUACUGGAAACUGAUGGCCUUUUUUUUUCUUUCUUUCUUUUUUAAAAAAAUCAGUUUGUGCCACAAAGCUCGAGAGUGUCGUGCCACUGUCACGCGGCGCUUUCUGCUACACUGAAACUGAAAUUUCAGCCUUAGCUACCGUAAACUCCCCUCUCUCCCUCGAGUGUUUGGUUAAAUGAAUAAAUUUCUUUCUUUACAAAAAAAAAAAAAAAUAUAUAUAUCAAAGAAAUCUAAGAGUGUCCCUCAGAGUUCGAUACUGUACCUAAACACAUCGUAGCAAAGUUCUUGGAUCCAGACUCCUUACGAAGCGGUCAGAAAUGGUGUAAAGAAUCGGAAAACAUCAGCGAGGAUUUCAGCACUGUUAAAACUAUUCUCAUGUGAGCAGCAGCGGCUUCAAUUUUUUUCAUUUUUUUGAAUAAAACACUUUAUCCACUGGUAUUUUCUGAUGUAGUGCACAACACAGGUUUAUUUUCUCUCACUGAGCUCUGCCUAAUAUUCUUCUACUAUGCAAUAGUGCUAUAGUGCUGUCUGUUUCAUCACAUCAUCAUAUUUCACCACCGGUUGCUGUUGUUGCUACUUUGUUUUUGCAUGAAACUGCUAAUUUUUUUUAUUUUUUAUUUUUUGUGCGUGCGCCUCCAAAAAGUUCAUCAAAGGUCAACCAGCAGAAAUAAGCAUCUUUAGGAACCUGCUGCAGAAAGUUACAAUACUAAAAACCCGACUCAUCAACACUUUGACGUUUAGGAUGAUUGCUGUCUUUUUUUUCUUUUUUCUGUAAGAAAUAAUUCAGCCUUGUGGCGACUGAUGACCUGACAGCUGCAGAGAAUCCUGAACGCUGGUGUCGAGUCCGAGGUGACUCAUGUUACACGUUGACUGCAAGUGAACUUCUGUGGAGGCAUACAUGCUCAAAAACUGGAAAUGUUCUUCCAAAGUAAAAUAAAGCUUGUAGGGGCAGCUUACUCUCAUAGCUGUUGGAUUUUUCCUUUUCUAUUUGGUAGCUUUCAUUUUUUGUUGUUUUAUUUUUAAGGUCUUUCUGUACUUCACUGAAAUUUAGCUGCUACCACAUACAAUGCAAAUGAAUACUGAGUCAUGGCUGUAUGCAUGAAGUCUGGUCUACACUUAUGGGGGAACUGGUGUCUUUAAAAAAAUAGUAACAUGUCCUAAUGCAUACCUGAGUAGCAACAGGGAUUUAUAUGCAAAAUGCAGAUAUAUGUUACAUUCAUACUUUUAACCCUCCUGCAGUCUGUGAAUGGUUCCAUGCGUUUUUAUGAGGCAUUUUUUGUGUGUGUGUAGUUUUGGGAACUGACGGUCUGACGGAACAAACUUUCCCCGCUGUAGGGACAUUUGCCGCGUUCCUCCUGAGCGUCACGCUAAAGCUAGGUUCAUAGUGAGGCGUCAAGGUACGAGUCAAUCUUAAAUACCAAACCGCUGGCUUGGCUCGCUCAACGUGAACCUUGAAGACCGCGGGAGGGUUAAAGUAUCCCGCCUGUCCCCAAGCUGUUAACUUUUCAACAACAAAAUCCUAAUUCCAGUCACUAGACUGUAUCAAAGCUGCAGCGUGUGUUUUUGUUCUGUGCCUCUGCGGUGUUUCCUCUGGUUUCUGUAUCAACCAGUCAGUGUUGAUGUUCAUUUAAAAACCCCUGAGUGCCCUCAUCAACAGACUGUCAGGUACCGAUGGGACAAAUUUCUUAACACCUUCUGUGCAAAAAGCAAGAACUAAUUUUUGUUUGUUUGUUUUGGUAGCAGAAUUCUAUUCUGAAAAGUCCAGAAAAUGCAAACUUUAAUUUGAGUACAUUUAUUCAAUGACAAAAAAAGACACACACACAAUUGUUCCCACCAAUAAGAAGUUAGUCUUAAAAAUGCUUAAAAAGUUGAGCAUUUUUUUUGUUUAUCUUUACACUUUUAAGUUGAUCAGACUUUUUAGGAGUCUUUUUAUAUAAUAAUCUGUGACCUUUUGCAUCCCUGGGGUGUAAAUAUAAAAUGACAGAGAUGGUAGAAAAUAUAAAUAUGAUACGUUAUACGGAUAUCACCAAUAUCGACUCCAAUACUUCUGAUUCACCAUCAAAGCAUCAAACUUCUGACCUUUAGAAAUGUUUGUGGUUUUUCCUUUUAACUGUUUUUGUUUAAACCUGCAUAGGAAUUUUGACAAAGUUUAUAAGUGUCUACAAAAUGCUUUCGUGGCAUAUUAACGUCAAUAACAGAAACAAAAGAAAAAACAAAACAGAUUUGUGUGUGUUGUUUAUCAAUAUAUUGUUUAUCCUUUGAGGAAAAUCAAAGCAAACCUUUUGGGGGUUUUUUAAGAGUUGAGAAUCUAAAACUAACGUAUUGAUCUUUCCAGGCUAGUAUCGAUUUGAUAUCGAUACCAACAUGGUAUCGAUAUUGACAUAUUGGAUCGCUCCGCCCACUUCUACCCACUGGAUUCAGGCCCAGAUCCUCUGAGAGGCAGGAGGAUCUUCUCUACAUGUUGGUCUUUCAUUUUAACACACCUGGAGUUUGUUGCUGUAAAACUCCCAUCAUUUCAUGGUUGCAGUAAAUGUCCCACUGCUGUAAAUUUCCAUUUGUUUUGAUACAUAAUAAAUAUGGAUCCUGAUCCAGACUGUGGGAGAUGAAAAAUGUGCCUGUAUUCAUACCCCCGGUAAUUACUUACUACAAUCGGAUCACUUUUUAGAGAUUUCUGGAAACUCUGAUCAACUUAGAGUAUAAAAAAAAAAUAAAUCAUUCAGUCACAAUUGUAUAAAGAUGCUUAAUAGUUUCUUGGCACAAGAUUUGUCCCAACUAAACUCAUGUGAAGUUUUGAUGUAAAAAA